AUGACAGAAGUUGGCUUGAGAGACUUAUGGACAGAAUAUAAAUGCACUGUUCUUUGUAUGGAUCGGUGUAAAGAAGGUUUUAAGCCUGGCUCUGAUGAAGAUAUAUGUGUUGAUGUAGACGAGUGUCUGAGUUCUCCUUGCAAGCACAAGUGUAACAAUGUAGUUGGUAGCUACAGGUGUGGGUGUAACGACGGUUACGUGCUUGGGGCGGAUAUGACGACAUGUGAAGACGUCGACGAGUGUCAAAAUACAUCAAACCAGUGUUCUCAGUUAUGUAAUAACUCAGUAGGCAGCUACAACUGCAACUGUCACGAAGGAUACAAGUUACAAGACGACAGAUUUUUGUGCGUGGAUGUCGACGAAUGUGCUUCACACUUGAAAAAAUGCUCACAAAUUUGCGUAAACACGGAAGGCAGCUACAAAUGUAGCUGUCAUGUUGGUUAUGUGAUGGACACAAAGAUUGGAGACUGUGUUGAUGUAGACGAGUGUCAAACUACAACACACAACUGCUCCCAGUUAUGUAACAACACCGUAGGCAGCUACAACUGCGACUGCGAUAGAGGAUAUAGUUUACAGGACAACCGAUUUACCUGCGUGGAUGUCAACGAAUGUGCUUCACACUUGGAAAACUGCUCACAAAUGUGCAUAAACACGGAAGGCGGCUAUUAUUGUAGCUGUCAUGUUGGUUAUGUGAUGGACACAAAGAUUGGAGACUGUGUUGAUGUAGAUGAGUGUCUGAGCUCUCCCUGUCAACAGGUGUGUACAAAUUUCAACGGCUCCUACAGCUGUUGA